AUGGCUUCUUCUGAAGAAAGCUUGAAGGAACUUUGUGAACAGUACGAUCGAGACAUAGCUGAGACUGAAAUGGAUAUCACAAUUAAUAAAAAACUUCUUGAUAUGAUAGAAACAGAUUGUAAAAGUACCGAACAGCAAAUGUUGGCAAUUGAGCGAAGGACUGAAGCAUUGAAAAAGCAAUUGGAGACGGUUGAUGCAAAUAUUGAUAAACUUGUUAUAAGUGUCAGUUCUCAAAAUGAGAAAGUUGACAAGUUAUACCAUAGGCAGCAACAAGUUGCUCAUGAGAUUUGUAAUGCGCGACAUUCUCUGCAAUCUGCUCAACGUGUAGCUCUCAGUAAUAUGGAGACACUACAGUCUAUUGAAGAAGAGGCUGUUAAAUACUUGGGAAAUGAUUUUAAUGCAUCGAGUCUUGGAAGUGUUGCUUCUAAACUACAAGAUUGUCAGAAGGUUUGUGGAGCACAUAUAAAUCAAUCAGCUGAUAUCGUGACUACGCUGAUGUCGGCACUGGACGAUAUCAACGCCUUGGAAAAUAUCGAGAAAAAUAUUGAGGAACUAACAAUGAAAGCUGCGAUUUUAGAAGCACGCAAUAAGGAGGCUGAUACUCUUUGUUUAAUGUGGCGUGAAAAGUUGUUCAAAUUAGAAGCGGAUCAGAAAAAGGCAAAGGAACUAAAAGCUGCUGCAUCAGACAAGUUUGAGCAGUGUAAAAAACGUACAGCCGAUCUAAAGCGACGAAUUGAUGACAGUAUAAAUGAAGAUAAUUCGUUAUCAGAGACUUUGAACUUUAAAAAACUCGAAAUAAAUGAGAAUAUGGAACGUUUGAGCAAGAAAUACGCUGAUCUUGAAGCUGUUCAAGAAAAAAUUGAAAUGAUAAGAGAAAAUUUGUUUGAUGAAGAUAGAGCUUUAAAACUAGAACAAGAAAGCCAUGAUCAGAAAAUGCAGCAAAUUAAGGAUAAUGGUGAAAAAGAAAUUUUUGCUGCAAAUUCAGCUUUGAUGGCUUUGCUUGGGAGUAAAACCAAAAUUUUUGAUGAGUUAGCUGAAAUGGAAGCUAUGAAAUCUGGUUGUGCGAAUAAAGAGCAAAUGUUGGAAGAACGUACAUCAUUAUUAGCGCAGAUGAAAAGCAUAAACGAAAGAAUCAUGGAAAUAAGGCGAAAAAUAAACAAUGAAGAGGAGAACAUUAUAAAAAAAGCCAAAAAAAUGGAGCCAAAGAUUGGAGCUAGUAACAAGGGUAAAGGUUUGUGUUCUCAAAAAAGCAAUGCAGCAAAAAGAAAGAAAUGUGGUGGAGAUGAUAAGCAGGCAACUGAAAACGCAGAUGGAGCUGGAAACCAAAAUAGUUAUGAAAUUGGUUCUCCGGAGAACGAAGAGCAAAAUUUAGUUUCUGUUAUACCACAGGAACAAGAAAUCAGAAGUCCGUUUAUGCAGUACAUGACUUUCCGAAAAAGUAACAAAGCGGGAAUAUCGAAAUGGAAAAAAAAUGAUGUGCAGUCGACGGCAAAGAACGCACAAAUAGAUUCUCAUGCUUCAGUGAAUAGUACUUUGAAAUCAGGUCAAUCUAAAAAAGGGAAAAUAAUCCGUAAAAAGCAAGAAAUGGACCGAAAAUCUCCGCAUUUGACUUCUGCACUUUUUGGUAGUGAUAUAUCUGCAAGCACAAUUCAACCCGUUUGUGCAUCAACUCCGAUGCGUGAUAACAAAUGUGAGUCUACUCGAAUUGAUGAUUGUACCGCAAAAAGCAACAAGUCUGGCUCUAAGAGUAACCAAAAAACACGUGGGAGACCAAGAGGACAAAAAAAUCCAACCGGAAGUGGAAAAAUAGCAAAAGAAACGGAUGUCUUCGAUUUUAGCAGUGAUUCUGUUUGA